UAUGACUAGGCAUGCGUCCUUCCAAUUGAUUCUCUGGCGGGAUUUCAAGUAAUGUGAGAAGCUUCCAGCAGGUCUUCCAUCUUUAUUAAAGUAGGUCUCAAUCUCAUGAUGAGGCUCUCAUCUUUAUUAAAGUUUUUGAUAACUGGAAAAUUACUUGGAGGAGUGAAUUACCAACGUUAAAUUAUUAUUUGUCCAAGAAAAUUAAUUUGUUCCAGGUUCCCUAGCUCGCUAUAUGCAUAAACAUAAUAUUUUAUCUUCUUCUUCAUCACUUCAUUCAGUAUCAUAUAUCUCGGAAUUGUAAUUACAGAUGUCUGGACCAAAAUGGGAGGAUUUGAACAUGGACUGUUUGGUGAAUGUGCUUAGAAGAGUGGGGAUAGAGUCACUACUAUUGGGCGUUCCCUUUGUGUGCCAGUCAUGGUACAAAGCAAGCCUUCAUCCUUCAUGCUGGCAAAUCAUUAAUUUUCAACAAAUUGGAAGUGGUCCUUUGUCUUGGUACUUUUAUGAUGGAAUUACAACUGAAUUUAUUAAGUCCAUAAUUAAUCGAAGCCGUGGAAAUGCUACUGCAGUCUGGCUACCUGACGACUGCACUGAGGAGGCAUUAAGAUAUAUUGCAGACGAGUGCCCUGCCUUGAAGGCUCUGUAUCUGUCAGGGAAUCUAUGUUACAGGUAUUUCCCGGUUAUUCCAGAACUCAUAAGUAAGUGGAAAAAUCUAGGGCUGCUGAGACUCGAUCGCCUUAGUAACAUGGAAAAAGUAUUUGAAGAAAUCAACUGUCACUGUAAGAAUUUUUAUUGGUUAUGUGCUUAUGGAGCCAAUAUUGAGAGGGAUGCAGCAUCAGCCAUUGUCACCUUUCUUCCAAAGAUAAAGUAUUUGUCUAUGAGGAAAGCAAACAUUGAUCGGGAGAGUUUAGAGAUGAUUCUGCAGGGCUGCAAGGAGCUUGUGCUUUUGGAUGCCAGGGAUUGUGUAGGUUAUGAAUGUGAUGACCAGUUACUGAAGCUUGCUUCACAUAUUAGUAGUUUCCAGCACGAAGGUUCAAGGCUGUUUGAUGAUGAAGACUAUUGGGAGGAUCACAUAUCUGCUGACUCUUUUGAAGGUAUCCUUUCUGAAUAAAUGGGUUACAUUAAUAAAGGUCCUAUUUAGUAUUUUAGUAUUUAUUCACCGCGAGAGAUACUUCACUGUUUUGGGUACCACUCCACCUGUAAAGGCUAUCACUAUUUAAGUUUUACAUUCCCUGCAUAAGUUUGAACGUGCAUGCGGUGAUAUGGGUGAAUUAGUGACAUUUGGGUGGUGUUUGGAGUUGGUGUUGGGUUUCAUGGAGUGGUGUUAUGCUAUUAAAUUUUUGGCUUAGACUAUUUCAUGACUCUAAUUGUAAUGAGUUCAAAUUUGUUAAUAUAUUUGCAUCCUUGUAAA